UGGGGAAUCAAUCACUCCCACGGAACUCUCACCGAGUACGAAAAGAUUGUAUAAAUAAAAUUAACAGCUUCCACGCCUGGUUUCUGCCAAGGAGUCGAGAAGGGAGUGGACUAGAAAGAACCAGACACGAUUCUUUCUAGAUCUGUUGCAAAAUCCGAGAACUCUUCCGUUUCUGGAGAAGGCGGAGAAGGAUGGGGAGGGAUGAAAUCUCAGGAUCUACCGUCACAGUUUUCAAGGAAGUCGGUGGGUCGCCGACCAAAUGGCGGACGAUGCACAUAAUGGUAGCCCUCGGCAUUUGGCUCGGCGGCAUUCAUCUUAAUGUUGCUCUCGCCCUUAUCUCCCUCUUCUACCUCUCCCUCCCCAAAGCCCUCUUGGUUUUCGCUUUACUUUUGAUAUUAGUGUUAAUCCCUGUCGACGAUAAAAGCAAAUACGGCCGCUUAUUGGCCAGGUAUAUAUGUCAAAAUGCUAGCAGCUAUUUUCCUGUUAAUCUACAUGUUGAAGAUAUACAUGCCUUUGAUCCCAAUCGUGCUUAUGUUUUUGGUUAUGAGCCACAUUCAGUUUUACCCAUUGGUGUUGUUGCGUUGGCUGACCUCACUGGUUUGAUGCCUCUCCAUAAAUUGAAAGUCCUUGCUAGCUCCGCUGUGUUUUAUACGCCGUUUUUGAGGCACAUAUGGACAUGGAUGGGUCUAUCGCCAGCAACAAGGAAAAACUUUAGCUCCCUCUUGGCAGCUGGCUAUAGUUGCAUCAUUGUGCCUGGUGGAGUUCAAGAGACAUUUCAUAUGGAGCGUAAUUCCGAGACUGUCUUCCUCAAGACAAGACGAGGAUUUGUUCGCAUAGCGAUAGAGAUGGGUACACCAUUGGUCCCAGUUUUCUGCUUUGGUCAGUCAAGCGUCUACCAGUGGUGGAAACCUGGCGGUAAGUUCUUCCUCCAAUUUUCUAGAGCGAUCAAGUUCACGCCUAUUAUCUUCUGGGGAGUUCUUGGAUCACCUCUUCCUUACAGACGGCGGAUGCAUGUGGUGGUGGGGAAACCCAUCGAGGUGAAGAAAAAUCCAAAUCCCUCAAGUGAUGAGGUGCUUGAUUUACACCGUCAGUUUGUUGAAGCACUCGAAGAUAUAUUUGAAAGAUACAAAGCACAGGUUGGGUAUGAUAAUCUACAGCUGAAAGUUCUUUGAUUAAGAUUGAGAUAAAAGAGAUAUUUAUGAGAUCCAACUCCAAUCCUGUGCUCAUUUGUUGUAUUCAAGAUGAUGAUGAUAAUCUGUUGGAGUGCCCAUUAUUUACUCGUAUUCCUCAUCCUUUUGGGUAAAUGAUGUGGGCGUGAUCAAGCGGAAGAGAAAAUCAGGGAUGUAAUUCUCUUGUCUCCACUUUAAAAUCUUUUACUUUACUCCCUCCCUGUAUAUACUACAUUUUUGUU